AUGAACGAAAUCACUGAUACAAUCAAUCUUUUAAAUUUAGAAACUUGGAAUGCUACCGAAACAGGUGUUCUAUCUCAUAUAAAAUCUCCUCUUCAACAAACAUUUUUUACAAAUAAUUCUGAAUUAAUUGGUACAGCACUUCGUCAAUCUAUAAUUUAUUUUGCUGAAACAUUAAAUACAACUGAUCGGUUAGCAUGUGUACUUGGCAAUGAAUUUCGUUCAACACGAACUCAUAAAUAUCAAGUAUUAUGUCAUACAGAUGGAAAAACAUCAGAAACAACCGUACCGAUGGAAAUAACAACAUUUGCACCAAUUGCAUUUGAAUAUAUGCGUGAAAUUAUUGGUAUUUCACGAAAUGAUUUUCAAUCAUCAUUUAAUCAUGAUGAAUUAAUUAAUUUUGCUAAUACAGGAAAAUCAGGUUCACAAAUGUAUAAAACAAAAGAUGAUGUUUAUAUUAUAAAAACAUUACGUGAACAUGAAGCAAAACUUUUAAUACAAAUUUUAUCUGGCCUUUAUUUACGUUAUUGUCAUACAAGUUCUUUAAUGACACGUUAUGUUGGUUUAUAUUCAGUAAAUGUACGUUCGACAUUCCAAUCGGAAAUCUAUUGUGCUGUUAUGUUAAAUAAUUUACCAUCAAUUCUUGAUAUUCAUGAAAUUUAUGAUCUUAAAGGAUCAAGUAUUGGUCGUUAUUCAAGUGUUGAUCUACCAUCAAGACGUUUAAAAGCAUUGAAAGAUCUUGAUUUCGAAUCAUUUUAUCCAUAUGGUAUACGUCUUCCACAUGAAAUCUAUCGAAGAUUAAGAAUGACACUUGAAAAUGAUAUAUGUGAUUUAAGAAAAAUGAUGAUUACUGAUUUUAGUCUUAUGUUAGGUGUUUAUCAAUUAGAUCAAAAUUUUCAAGAUAAAGAAAAUAGUGAUGGAAGUCUUAGAUUACAACCAAAACCACAAUUAGGAAUAAGUUCAUUAUUUGCAGCAACAAAUAUUGAUCGAACAGUUAUUAAAAUGAAUGGUUCUGAGGAAACAAAUAACAAAACCAAUGGUACAGAUACAAACUUUAUUAGAAAAUUUAUUAUGAAACCAUUACAUCUCAUUGCAUGUCCACAAGAAGAUACAUUCACUGAUAAUACAAUGGCAACUACAUUACUAGGUAUUCCUGGAGUAACUCAUGAUGGUCAUCGUGUACUUCUUUAUCCAGCUUUUAUUGAUUGUUUACAAACUUUUGAUAAUUUCAAACGUAUGCAACAUGCUAUACAGAACUUUCGUGAUCCAAAACGAGGUUCAGAAUAUAGUGUUAUUCAACCUGAUGAAUAUGAAAAACGUAUUAUUCGAUUUUUAUUUGAAAAAGUAUUUAUUGAUUCAAAACAAACAUUAACUGAAUUACUUGCUUCACCAAAUGUAUCUGAUGAUCGUCUACAAAAUAGUUCUAUAGAACAAUAUGGAAAUUCUAAUGAAGAUUUAUAUCAACGAAGUGCAUCCUAUGAAAAUAUUCAAACAUCAGAGGUUAAUAUAAUUGAAUUAAACAAUGAGCAAAUUCUUCAAAUUACUGAAGUCGUACAAAAUUCAAAUAUUUCAUCAUUAAAAAAAAUAGAUAACGAGACAAUGCUUAUUGAAACUACACCAUUAUAA